AUGGAUACAGCUGAAGGAGAUACCAAGGGCGAUAAGGCCAAAGUUAAGGAUGAGCCACAGCGGAGAUCGGCGAGGUUAUCCGCUAAGCCUGCUCCUCCGAAGCCAGAGCCUAAACCUAAAAAGGCAGCUCCAAAGAAGAGCGAGAAGUUGCCCAAGGGAAAGAAGGGGAAAGCUGAUGCUGGCAAGGAGGGAAACAACCCUGCAGAAAACGGAGAUGCCAAAACAGACCAGGCACAGAAAGCCGAAGGUGCUGGUGAAGCCAAGUAAAACGUGUGAAUUUUUGAUAACUGUGUACUUCUGGUGACUGUACAGUUUGAAAUACUAUUUUUUAUCAAGUUUUAUAACAAUGCAGAAUUUUUGGUUUACUUUUUUUUAAGCUAUGUUGUUAGCACACAGACCGCUUCGUUGUUGUGUUUUGAGAGGGAGGGGGGAGGCGGGGGGGGAGGGACAGUGGGGACAAAUGUCACUUAGGCUAUUUCUCAGAACCUAAAUUUUAAUCAGAACGGUUUUCCCAGUCCCCUGGUUUUUGGAAAAAAGGGCUCUUCCUGAGUUAGUGGAGGAAGGGAUUCCUUUACCUGUGCCUCUGUUGAGUUCUGUGAAGUGCAUCCCAGUGAACAUCAGAGCUCCCAAGAUGCCUGUUGCUGACUUGAAAACCACAGUUUGUAAUGCCCUUUCUAUUUCCUUUAGAGCCUGUCACUCCAAAAUACAGCAAAAAAAAAAAAAAAGGCAUUUUUGGGACUUAGCACUCCAAAUGCAUUGUCAGGUGAUCCGGACUUCUGGUGGCUAAUUUGGGAUAAAACAGCUCCAAAAGGAGCUCUACUUCCUUUUUUUAUAUUGUGGAUCUUCAGGCUAAGAAAACCUGCAUUUUAAUUUUCUUUUUUUUAUUUUUUUCCUCUAAAAGUCAGGGUAGGUUUGUGAAGAGUUGUUAAACAACAUGCUAAAUGUGAAAGUGUCCACCCUCACUCUAAACUUUUCCCUCUACGAGUAUGAAAUGGAAGAUUUCUUGGGUUUUAUAGCAACUUUGACGUUUCGGUAGUCCAGGAAGGGAGGGGGAGUUUUGACAGUUGUUGUAAAAUGUUGCCGAUUGUAGCCCAUGUCCUGCCUAAAUUACCAUGAUUGUUUAUGAAAAGUACCUUUAAUAAAGCUGGAUACGGUUUGGCUUGGACUGUU